AAUGUGUAAACUGGAGCUGCGCUUCAAGUCUUCUUCGGGUCACUUCUUUCUCUGUAGGUUUAGAAAUAAGCAAGUGGACUCGUAAUAAACUCUGAAAUCCCUGUCGUCCAUGACGCGCUACCAGCAAGUGAAAGCAUCACACUAACAGAAGGCUGUGACUGUUACGACUGAACUAUUUAGCUUUAGCACGUUAGCAGGAAGCUGCCACCGACAGUUUAUACAACUCUCAUCUCAACAUGUCAGCCCCCGUUCCAGAAGGCUCUGGCUUAGCCCCAGGCAACAAGCGCCUGCAACAGACACAGGCUCAGGUGGACGAGGUUGUGGAUAUUAUGCGCGUUAAUGUGGACAAAGUACUGGAGCGUGACCAGAAGUUGUCAGAACUGGACGAUAGGGCAGAUGCACUGCGUGCAGGAGCUUCACAGUUUGAGACCAGUGCUGCCAAGCUGAAGAGGAAGUACUGGUGGAAGAACUGCAAGAUGUGGGCGAUCCUGAUAGCAAUCAUAGUGAUCAUCAUCAUCAUCAUUAUCAUUUGGACUCAGACAUCAAAUUAGCUCUGGGAAGAAGUGAAGAAAAAACUGAAGAUGAGAAGAGCAACAACAUGCACACUAUUCUCAGUGGAAAAGGUCACAUGAUUACUGGCUACUGAACUCCAAAAUAUUUCUCCCCUCCCACAGUGGGUGUUCAUUCCUCGUCCUGAAUCACCAUGGCUGUGUCUGUGUGUGUCCUUGUGUGGUCAUCUUUGUGCCUAAGGUAAUAGAUUUUUACAAUGUCAUGGUCACCAUACUUGAUCUUUAGUGUAAGUGCCAUGCAACGUGCCAAAGAAGGUGGACUCAUACACAUGAGAACAGGAUCAAUAUAUUUAUUGAUUACUCAUUUAAGAAGUAUAAUAUUAUUGACUCUUGUACAGCAAACACACACAUACACACAUUCUACACUCAGGACGAGAAGUGAAAAAUAUUGUUGUAAAGUCUCUUACACUUACGCCUGCCUUUUGUGUUCUUACUGUAUAAAUAUUGUUAGCUAUUGAUUUUGUGCGUUAGUCUAAGAUAAGUGCCUCUGAUGAUAUUGAUGUGUCAAUUUAGUCUCAUUCUGACACAAUAAUUCAGCAUUUCAUUGAAAGAAACGAUUACAGUUUUCAACCUGCACUGUAAAUAUUUCUGCUUUUCAGAGAGUAUUGCCAAAAUCACUUUUAAUUAGAUUUUUACUACUUGUAAUUUACAGUUGUCUGUCUACUGAUGAAUGUUGGUAGUUAAUAUCUUUUUCUUCAUUUCUAUUAAUUUUCUAGUUACAUACAAAAAUAUUUUCCCGCCCAGCAUCAAAGAUCAGAGAUAACCAUCUUAUAUCUUAUCUUAGCAUUGAACUUAUGUGCCUGAGAAAUCAAUGACCUUACAGCAUCAUGUGAAUUUGAAAAGAAACUCAAGUGCCACACCCAACAUUGGGUAUGAAAACAAAACAGGUGCUUUCCAUGAUGCAUUUUCUUCAGUGAAAUAUUUACUCAAAACAUGUACUGCUGCUGUAUAUAACUGAAGUAUGAAUCUUAAGUAGCAACAAUUGUACAGUUAAAUUAAAGGCUUUGCAAAAAAGAAUACACAUAAUGCAGAUGAAGCCUACUAGUCCAGUAAAUGAAGUUAAAAAGUGACAGCUUAGUCCCACUGACUUUCACUGUAAAAAAUACAAACCACCACCAUUUGUUACAUCAUAAUCCAGAGACACAAUAACACCAACAACUGGAAAUUACACACCGUAGCUUAAAAGAGUGAGACUUUCUGAAUUCUCUGGCCAUUCUGACAAACACUGUACAGUUAUAUUUUGGAGUCACUGGCAUUUAUCCCCUGAAGGAUCAUGUGUGAUGUUACACUUACUAGCUUUCUAACAAUUUCUUUCGUCUGAUUUCUAAUUUAUGUAGAACUAAUCUUAAUAGUUUGUUCACUCCUGAUUGGCAACAUUUAUGUUGGUGGGAAGAAAAACUCAGUUGUUUUUGCAUCCUCUGGCUUACAUCUUUUAAAAUAAAAAUUUCAAAUUAUAUUCCAUAUUAUUUUGUAAAGUAUUUCAGUUUUCUGUUAUUUUCAUCCAUGUUAGAUUACACUGUUUUUUGUCAAAAUAAUCUGGCAUUAAUUACUUUUCUUUGGAAGAUUUAGUUACCCUGAUAGGUGAAACUCAAAUAACAUAACAUAUAGUCAUGUGUUAUUGUCAUGAUGUAAAAAUGCCAGUCAGGAAAUUUUAUUAUAUUUUAAUGCCUACUAAAAUAUCAUCAUCCUCCUUUCCAUGUAUACAUAAAAUAUUUAAAUAAUUUUCUCCACGUAAGUGCAAUUUUACUCUUUGACCCACAUUGCCUUUUGUUUGAAAUAAAUAAAAAAAGCUUAUGGUGUCUUGCUUAA